CUUUGGCCAGGCUGGGGCACGGAUAGCGUGGUGGGAGCAGCAAUGGCGGACAGUCCUGUGGCAGAGCUGCUACUACGGCGGCUAGAGGCGGCCGAUGGAGGCCUGGACAGCGCAGAGGUAGCGGCCGAGCUAGGCGUGGAGCACCAGGCCAUGGUGGGAGCCGUGAAGAGCCUGCAGGCCCUGGGCGAGAUCAUCGAGGCCGAGCAGCGUUCCUCCAGGCGCUGGGAGCUCACCACUGAGGGCGAGGAGAUUGCCCGGGAGGGCAGCCAUGAAGCCAGGGUGUUCCACAGCAUCCCCCCAGAGGGCCUGGCUCAAAGCGAGCUCAUGCGACUGCCCAGUGGCAAAGUGGGCUUCAGCAAGGCCAUGUCCAAUAAGUGGAUCCGCGUGGACAAGAGCACAGCUGAUGGGCCCCGAGUGUUCAGAGUGGUGGACAGCGUGGCAGAUGAGGUGCAGCGGCGGCUCCGCCUGGUCCAGUGUGGGGAGGCCGAGAAGUUGGGAGAGAAGGAGAGGAGCGAGCUCAGGAAGAGGAAGCUCCUGUCUGAAGUGAUCCUGAAGACCUACUGGGUGAACAAAGGGAGCGCCUUCAGCACCAGCAUCUCCAAGCAGGAGACAGAGCUUAGCCCUGAGAUGAUCUCCAGCGGCUCCUGGCGGGACCGGCCUUUCAAGCCCUACAACUUCUCAGCCCGUGGUGUCCUCCCCAGUAGUGGCCACCUUCACCCCCUGCUCAAGGUCCGCACCCAGUUCCGGCAGAUCUUCCUGGAGAUGGGGUUUACUGAGAUGCCCACCGACAACUUCAUUGAGAGCUCCUUUUGGAACUUUGAUGCACUCUUCCAGCCCCAGCAGCACCCAGCACGUGACCAACAUGACACCUUCUUCCUACGAGAUCCGGCCGAGGCUGGGCAGCUCCCGAUGGAUUACGUCCAGCGGGUCAAACGAACCCACUCUCAGGGUGGCUACGGCUCACAGGGGUACAAGUACGCCUGGAAGCUGGAUGAGGCCCGUAAAAACCUGCUGCGCACACAUACCACAUCAGCGAGUGCCCGUGCCCUCUACCGCCUCGCCCAGAAGAAACCCUUUACGCCGGCUAAGUACUUCUCCAUCGACCGUGUGUUCCGGAACGAGACCCUGGAUGCCACACACCUGGCUGAGUUCCACCAGAUCGAGGGUGUUGUGGCUGACCAUGGCCUCACUCUGGGCCACCUCAUGGGCGUCCUGCGAGAGUUCUUCACCAAGCUGGGCAUCACCCAAUUGCGCUUCAAACCGGCCUACAACCCCUACACAGAGCCUAGUAUGGAAGUGUUCAGCUACCACCAAGGCCUGAAGAAGUGGGUGGAGGUCGGGAACUCCGGGAUCUUCCGCCCUGAGAUGCUGCUGCCCAUGGGGCUCCCCGAGAAUGUGUCAGUCAUUGCCUGGGGGCUCUCCCUGGAGCGCCCAACGAUGAUUAAAUAUGGCAUCAACAAUAUCCGGGAGCUGGUAGGCCACAAGGUGAACCUGCAGAUGGUGUACGACAGUCCCCUGUGCCGCCUGGAUGCUGAGCCAGUACGCUCUCGGAUGCAGGAAGCUGCGUGACAUGGGUCACCAGGAUAGCCCACACUCCUAAGCUGCCCAGCCUCUUUGUAUCUCUCGACAGUGACCCCUUACAUUUAUGAGGCCUCUGUGAGGCCCCUGGUAUCUCUUCCCCACCUGCUCCAGAGUCCCAGGGACAGGGGAGCAGGGAUCAGGUAUCUUCUGUUGUCCUUCCACGGUCUGUCCACCUACAAGGGUGGGCUGUCGGGAGGCCCGCAUCCUAGCUGCUGGCUAAUAAAGUGGGCAGUUGCCCUUACCUGGUACUUUUCCUUUGGAUACAGGGAUCUUGUUGGGGCCCCCCAGCUUAGCCUGCCACUUUACGGGGGCAAUACUGGGUGCUGGAGCUACGAGUAUGAAGGGUGGUGGGUUGAGGGUCUUGGAUACUUGGGGUUCUGGCCAGCCUGAGCCAGGUCAGCUGGGAAGACUAGGUCCAUCAAGCUCACUGGUGCCGAGCCCUCUUUUAGGUGAAUGAAACAGAAACUCCCUCCCCCCUACACUUGCAGAGGGGGCAUUUGGGAGUGGAGGGCAAAGGUGGUUGUCAGGGGCCCAGGAACUGGGAUUCACCUGACUGGAGGGGCUUGGGAAGGGACAAGCUGCUCUUUUCAAAAACGAUUUUCAUAGGAACAUCAAACAAGCCCAGAGUAGAGAGAAGAAUAGAAUAAAUCCUCAUUCCUAUGAGACGGAGGUCAGACAUGCCUCCUCUCACCAUGAAUCCAUCCAUCGACCACACUGAAGAACGAAUGAGAUUUUGCACCCAAACUCAUUGCCUGCAUUUGUUUGUGGAAGUAUCUUAAAUCGCAGCCAUCUCAUUGCUCAUCCACAUCCUUCAGGGCAGCACAUUUUUGGAAACGUACAGUUUAAACCACAAGCUAUUGCCAGUACCCCGCAAAACUGUCUGCCUGGGCUGGGCUCUCUGGAGGUCCCUGAGGUCAAAUCUUUUAUGUCAAAUUAAAUAAUUCAGCAAUACAGAAGAGGAUUCAUUCAUGCAACAAAGGUGCACCUCCUGAGUGCCAGCAAGGUUGUAGGAGCUGAAGACCCAGAGGUGGACAAAACAGCUCCCUGCCCUCAGGCAGCUGACAUUCUAGUGGAGGCAGGGCAGGUGAUAAACAGAUAAAAACAAAUGCGGAGGGGAGGGGUAAAGAGGUGAAGAUAAAGGCAGGUGUGGAAGGUGAAGAGCAGAGAGAGAGCCUCUUCAGUUACUUUAAAACAGAUGAGAAUGUAAGGGGCCAGGGGAAAUAGAUUAAUGGGAACAACAACCAGAAUGGAAAUGAGAAUGUUCACACAUUAUAGAGAACGU